ACUCCAGCAAAGUUUCACCAUUUCAGGUUCAGUCUGACAGUCAGAUUUGAUGGGAGACAGCCAUGGCAAAAAUAUUCUUUCCAAGCUGUGAUUAAAGCCAUCUUGUUCAAUUAUUGGUGUUAAUCCAUAAGAUUUCAAAUGUCAACAAAAUAUGUGAUUUUGGUGUUUUACUAAAAUAUUUUCAAAGAAAAGUACACUUUACAUUUACCAGUCUUAAAUAAAGAAAGAUGCCCCUGAUGAGCCAUAUGUCCUUUGAAGAAGAUGACAGUGAAGAUUUUCCGGGGCGAUUAUUGCACCAGGCUGCACUUUGGGAUAAUGCUGAGCUCUUAGAAGAUCUGUUGAAUGGUCCAGAGUUGGCCCACCUUAACAGCUGUGACCGUUUGGGUCGCACUCCUCUGCAUGCCGCUGCCUCCAAUGACAACUCCCGCUGCCUGCCUCUACUGCUGCAUGCAGGAGCCCUCUGCAAUAUUCCUGCUGCUGAACACAAAACAGUGUUACACGUUGCUGCAGAGACAGGUUACCUGCAGAACGUUGCAGUGCUGCUUCAGUAUGGCGCUAACUUGCUCUGCCGAGACAUCAACGGCUGCACUGCCUUGGACCUGGCAGAGAAGAUGGAGCAUGAGCAGUGCUGUGUGCUGCUGAAACGUGCUGCAGAUGCCCGGGAGCAGGCACGACAAGAGCUGUAUGGCGCCUUACUAGAAGCGUGCUCCAAGGGUGACGUCGCACAGGCGCGGGCGUUACUCAGAGAUGUGGGUGAUGAAGCUCCUGUCAUCGUGAACGCAGCGCCCAAUGGAGCUAACACGCUCCUGUACAAAGCUUGCGAGGAGGGCCACAAGGAGCUGGUGAAGCUGCUGCUGGAGUGUGGAGCGGACGACAGGAUACAUCCCGUCACCAAGUACAGUCCGCUGUACAUCGCAGCAAACUGCGGCAGGAAGGAUAUUGCCGAGAUGCUUCUCAAGAGGUUCCCAGGCCUGGCGAGCGUCUACACUGUGGAGAAAUGGCUUCCUCUGCACGCCUGCAUCAUCAACGGCCACAUGAACAUACUCACCCUGCUGCUCUCCUACCCCUACCCUCCUCACUGUCUCACCACCUUCAGAGACAAGACAGGCAGAUGGCAAUACCAGUUCGGGUUCGACUGCAACCUGCGCGACGUGACGGGGCAAAGCGCCCUCUACCUGGCCAGCUACUGCGCCAACCACAAGAUGGUUGACUUGAUGCUCAAACUUAGAGUGCCUGCUGUCAAAAUUAAGACACGAGAGGAGCUGGAGCAGGAACGCCUCCUGCAGGAGCAAGAGACAAGAACCCGUCUGGCGGAGGAAGCUGCAGGACCUUCCUCUUCCAGUAAUGGUUCACAACAACGGGAAGCAAGUGACGGUUGUGCCACGUCUCAGAGUGAGGGAGACAACAACACCUCUCAUAAAUCUAUCGAUGAAAGUCCUGGCAAAAUAGCUGCUACAAGUCCUAGCAAAGGCGCUAGAAUAUCUGGAGGCAUUCAAGCGCUCAUGUCAAAACUAAACCUCAGUCGCCCAGAAGCAAAAUCUGGUGACGAGAAAGAGGACACUGUGUGUCCAUUUGAGAUCGAUCUCUACUGCAACAGCAACACAGGUUCCACCGCUCUGGUGGAAGCUUGUCGCAACCACGACCUGGGUAUGGUGGAGAUGCUUCUUAAGAACCACGCCAGGGACGACCAGUGCAAGGCUCUCUUCAUCGCCGCUCACAACAACGACACCAUAAUCCUGUCCAAACUCCUGGCGCUGAAGGCUCACCCAGACCCCGAGUACAAGAUCCAGAAGCGGUGUCUGGAGAUCAGCCCAGCGCAGCAGUUCGGAGACAACCUCACCGUCAGCCACAGCGCCGGCAGCGCCCCUGCCUCCAUCUGUCCCACCGUCCCCGUCAUGAUCAACUGGCAUGGCCAGCGCUGUCUGCCUUCCAUUAAGGAACAAUGGCUAGUGGACGCGUCGGUGCAGCUGAACCACAAGCUGCGUCUGUCACCCCGCAACCAAGCGAUGGCUCUGUACGCCAUCACCCGCCUCGACAUCAGCAACAACGCUCUCACCUGCCUCCCUGCCAUCAUCUUCUGCCUCCCCAGCCUCAGGAUCCUGAACGCAGGCCUGAACAAGCUGGAGCAGCUAGCAGGUCUGGAGGAGGGGGCGCUGGCGGGGGCGGUGGACGGGGCCCUCACGCUGCCCAGGCGCGGCAGUAAAUUUAAGGGCGUCCUGGCUGGCCGGUCCAGCGCCCUGGUCGUGCCCGGCUGUACUGUGUCGGUCCUCGAGGAAAUACAUCUGCAGGACAACAGGCUGGACUACCUGCCAGAAGGUCUGUUCUCUCUGCCAGCCCUGCAGCACCUGGACGUGUCUAACAACAAGCUCACCAAGCUCCCCUACAAACUCUGGUCUGCACCUAAACUGCGCGACCUCAACGCCUCCAUGAACCUUCUCUCAUCUUUGCCAACUGCUCCAGACCUCCCAUUCUCACCAUUAAGCGGCUUUAUAGACGAAGAUGAUCCCAUAGGAGAAAGCUCCUCCGCCACAUCCACGCCCAAGAUACUAGCGCGCCCUGUGUCGGUCGCUAGUGUCGGGUCUGUGAAGAGCUCGACGAGUUCCAUGUCUCAUGACAGCGCCUUGGUGCUUGACUCUGAGGAAGAUCAGGUCAUCAGAAGAGCUCCUGCAGACAGCAGGACUGCAGGGUUCUCCCUGGACAAACACGGCAACGUCAUCACCUGCUGCAGACAGCGAGAAUUGCGUCAUCACAGCUUGUGGACUCACGCGGUCAAAGUGCAAGACUCACUGUCGGGACCUUCACAAGACGAGCGCCACGGCGACGGAGGCAGCAGCAGCAGCGGCCGUAGCGCUGGGGCGGCAGGAGGCACGUCUUGUCUGCAGAACCUGAACCUCUCCCACAACGCCUUCAGUGCACCGCCCCCUGGCCUGCCGUGCCUUGCUCUGGCCCUUAGCAGACUCAACCUCAGCUACAACAGAUUAAAGGACAUGGGGCAGGCCUGGCAAUACCCAGCAGGGCUUAAGCAGCUCGACCUCAGCCACAACAACAUCUCGGAAUGGACCAAUCUUGAGGCUAGUCCUACUGACGCAGAUGUAACUCCUUGUCCCGCUGCACCUCGACACAAAACUCCACAUGGUCGGUCUGGUCGCAGUCGUCCUAGCAGCUGCAGCAGCGUCAGCGGCAGCAGCACUGCAAGUACAACUGCUGCAGGAGCAGCUAUACUUUGUUGUCACCGUCGCCACACCAGACUGGAGAGCCUACGGACGCUGGUACUUGCCGACAAUCAGCUCUCUACCCUCACGCUUUACCUCGAGCCUCCCGAGACCCAGGAGCAAAACAACCCUGCUGACAUUCCCACUGGCGUGAAGGGUCGUCUGGUGUUCCCCAGCCUCUCCAUGCUGGACGUUAGCAACAACUGUCUGAGCGAGCUGCCUGCCUCGCUGCAUCACCUCACUAAUCUCGCCGUGCUGAACAUCUCCGGCAACCCAGACGUCCAGGAGCUGCCCCCGGAGAUGGGUCUACUGUCGCGGAUGUGGAACCUGAACACGCGGGGCUGUUCCCUGCAGGAGCCGCUCAAGUCUAUGAUUGAGAGCAAAAAGUACAAGACCAUGGACGUUAUUGGCUACCUCAAGAGCAUCCUGGAAGACGCGCGUCCGUACGCACGCAUGAAGCUCAUGGUCGUGGGCGUAGCAGGCAUCGGCAAGACCUCGCUGCUGGAGCAGCUGCGUCAGGAGGGCACAGGCUCCUACAGGAAGAAACCUGUCGAGCACUGGACUGCGCGCAUGGGCAACCGCCACAUGAGCACACGCACGGCGCGGGGCGGCAACAUGUCCACCGUGGGCGUGGACAUCGGCGACUGGACCUACGAGAAGAAGGUCCGCGGCCACAGCAGCCAUGGUCCUGUCGUCUUCAGGACGUGGGACUUCGGUGGCCAGCAGGAGUACUACGCGACGCACCAAUAUUUCCUGUCGAAGCGCUCCCUCUACCUCGUCGUCUGGAAAAUUACUGAUGGCGAACGCGCCAUUGACCACAUACUGCAGUGGCUCGUCAACAUCCAGGCCCGCGCGCCGAACUCAGCGGUGCUGAUCGUAGGCACGCACUACGACCUGGUACGGCAGCAGCUGCCGCCCUCGUGGAGCGAGGACCUGCAGCNAAUGAGCCGGUGUUUUUCAGCUGCGCAUGGGAAUCAUGCGACAGUCUCCAGCGACACCUCCACUGACGCGGCCCAGGGGCCUGGAGGUGUCCGGCUGGUGGCCGCGCCCUUUGCUCCCGUUGAAGGAAGGGCGGCGGACGGAGGAGCCUCGCCUGCUCGUCUCAGGAGGAGCUUUGACUCGCGGGGCAGCGCUGCUUCUGACCGCGACAGUGGCGUCGAUCCUGACUCGAAUGCGUCCAGUCGCAACCCAUCGGCUGAAGGGCGACCUGACGUCCUAGGUGAAGCAGGAUGUGAGGUGGCAAGUCAGGAAGUGACCCUCGUAGUGUACAGCUUCAUGGUGGAGGAGUGCAUCCUGGCUUGCGUGAGUAAGUGGGAGCGCGACCCUCUACAGUACGCGUGCAAGGCUUACUGCUGCGCUCGUCAGGAGGUCAACAUCCUUCUGUCCCUCCGUCACUCGAACAUCGUGCCCUUCGUAGGCGUGUGUCUUCGUCCUCUUGCCCUCGUGCUCGAGCUUGCCCCCCAAGGAGCCCUGGACCAGUGCCUUAAACACUACAGGAGGAGUGGCGCUCGUCUCGAUGUUCGCACCCUGCAGACACUCGUACUACAGGUGGCUAAGGCUCUGGAAUAUCUGCACGGACAGCACAUCAUCUACCGCGACCUGAAGAGUGAAAACGUGCUCGUCUGGGAGCUCCCCCAGCCCUUCUCUUCCCAACGACACCCACGAGUGGACGUUCGGCUUGCUGAUUAUGGCAUAAGCCGUGCCAGCCUGCCGAGUGGCACUAAAGGCUUCGGCGGCACUGAAGGCUUCAUGGCACCUGAGAUGAUGCGCUUCAACGGCGAGGAGGAGUACACUGAGAAGGUUAGCCGAGUAAUGAAGCUAGACGACCUGAAGCACGUGUUCAAGGGUUCCUCGUGCGCGCCAGUGGACGCGAAGUCGUACAUUGUUUCCCUGCUGAACAAGUUUGAGGUCGCGCUCACAUGGGACAACCGCACGCUGCUCAUCCCCAGCCUUCUGCCCUCCAUGGAGCAGCUCAGGGCCGCUCCCAACGGCGCCGACAUCCGCGUCAGGAUCCCGCUGCGCUGCCGUGGCUGGGCCGCCCGCAACAAGCGCUUCUCCGGCCUCUGCAGCGCCGCCCUCUCCGUCGCCCCCAGCGCCCCUCCUGUGGACGAUGGCCGCGCCCCUGGCAGGAGUACGACCCUCACUUCCCUCUGCAUCAGUAGCCCCCAGCCUGAGGGUGUCCUGGACGCAACUACUGACGGUGAAGUGAACGACUCCCUGAGAUCCACAGUACGACUCAGCCAUCAGUCCUCGCCGCUGUCAGCCAUCAGACGUCUCCUGCUCAUGUCUUACUUCCCGUCGGGGUUCUGGUCACGACUCAUCACGCGCAUUCUGGCUGACGACGCAGUCGCUGAUGUCGUACGCGCAUACUUCGUCCUCCCGCCAGAGGUGACGUGUGAUGGGGAUGUGAGCAGCGUGCUGGGAGGAGGAGGAUGUGGGGAGUGGCUGUGCUGGCAGUCGGGUCUGGAGCUGCGCUACGGCAGCACCACGCUACUCAGGAUCGCUGAGAGCAACGCUGCGUCUGGUCGUUCUUCUUCCCCUGCAGCUACUGCCGCGAGCGGCCGCGGUAGGAGAUCCGUCUCACUGGACAAAGACUACCACGGCAUGCGCUUCCUCGUGAAGCAAGAGGGCGUCUGGUCUGAUGUGGAGAUUAAGAAUUCAGCUGUGCUCGAAGUAUUGCUACCAAACGAGGCGGUGGUACUUCGCCGGUGUGUUCCUGCCGACGGCGACGCUGCUGGGGACGGACAUGACGAACCUCCGACCAGCCUUGUGAGCGAGGCGUCUGGCAGUGACAGCGGAGGGCUGGCAGAGGGCAUCCAGAGCGUGGUGCUGGACCCGGCGCCUGAGUGCGUGGCCAAACUCCUGGCCAUCGCCGUCGACCACAUAGAUACCCUGCUGGAGGACUGGUACCCAACGCUGGGCACGCGCUUCGUGCACACAAGUGAAGGCAAGCUGCUGAUCACGCGCCUCCUGCCGUGCCCGGUCUGCCUCGAGUGCCACGGCCAAACGCUGCUACCUCCUAACCUGCGCUCAGCUCUACCUGAUUCCUGGGGCUCCUUCGUGGAGCUGAACCCGCUCUACUGCUCCAUGACAGGCUCCAUAAUGGCUGCACAUGCGCAUGGGAAUCAUGCGUCAGUCUCCAGUGACGCCUCCACUGACGCGGUCCAGGGGCCUGGAGGUGUUCGGCUGGUGGCCGCGCCAUUUGCUCCCGUUGAAGGAAGGGCGGCGCCCUUUGCUCCCGGUGGCACUGCUGACGGAGGAGCUUCGCCUGCUCGUCUCAGGAGGAGCUUUGACUCGCGGGGCAGCGCUGCUUCUGACCGUGAUAGUGGCGUCGAUCCUGACUCGAACGCUUCCAGUCGCAACCCAUCGGCUGAAGGGCGACCUGACGUCCUAGGUGAAGCAGGAUGUGAGGCGGCAAGUCAGGAAGUGACCCUCGUAGUGUACAGCUUCAUGGUGGAGGAGUGCAUCCUGGCAGCGUACACGCCGCCCCCUGCACUCUCUUGUCCUCUACACGGGCCUCUUCUACUCGCUCAGAUCGCGCCCGAUACGGUGUUCCUGGAUCUGGGAGAACAGCACCUGGUGGCACCUGAUAGCGUACAGCAGGGCAAGCUGUUGGGGCGCGGAGGUUUUGGCUUCGUCUUCCAAGGGACCUGUCGCCAUCGCAGCAACGGCGGGCCCCUGGACGUCGCCCUCAAGAUGCUGCAGCCUGUUGAUCCCGGGCAUGGGGCACGGCAGUCUGCCGUACAGGCUUACAAGGCUUGCGUGAGUAAGUGGGAGCGCGACCCUCUACAGUACGCGUGCAAGGCUUACUGCUGCGCUCGUCAGGAGGUCAACAUCCUUCUGUCCCUCCGUCACUCGAACAUCGUGCCCUUCGUAGGCGUGUGUCUUCGUCCUCUUGCCCUCGUGCUCGAGCUUGCCCCCCAAGGAGCCCUGGACCAGUGCCUUAAACACUACAGGAGGAGUGGCGCUCGUCUCGAUGUUCGCACUCUGCCGAGUGGCACUAAAGGCUUCGGCGGCACUGAAGGCUUCAUGGCACCUGAGAUGAUGCGCUUCAACGGCGAGGAGGAGUACACUGAGAAGGUGGACGUGUUCUCGUUUGGGAUGUUCCUGUACGAGCUGCUGACCACGCAUCAGCCCUACGAGCAAUGCGAUAACGUCAAGGAACUCGUACUNGCAGACGCGGAGUGGGAGGACGAGGACGAAGACGACGAAGAUGGAUGUAGCAGCAGCCCCAGCCUAGGAGGAGUGUGGCUGAGUCGCACGUCCCCUCAUCUUGACAUGCUCACUGCCGGGGGCGGCGCUCCCAACUCCAACGCACUGCACUGUAGUGCCGGNGUCAAGGCGAUGGUUUACCUGCACUCCGGCCUGUGCCGCGUCGCCGUCGCCCUCGACAACGGGCGUCUCUUCGUGUGCUGCGGUGAUGCCAGACCUACGACGCCCGUGUGUGGUGAAGGCAGCUUCGUUAUGACGGAACUCGCGGCUGACAGCCUCACCAUCCACUGCAUGGCCGUCACCAUCACCAGCGGCAUCUGGAAGCUAUGGUGUGGUGUGAGUAAUCGUCGCAUGAGCGUUUUCUCUUUCCGCCGCGAUGGUUUGGUGGUCAACCAAGAAACUGUAACCCAUAAUUCCGCUCCAACUUUGGCGUCUGGCUCGUCUCGACCACAUGUCGAGAAAGACAGCUCUCAUGACGAAGAAUUUAACAGCCUUGAGUUCGUAUCCGAAGGCGACUGUGAAGAAGCUGGGGAUGUACUUCUCGCUCAUGCCCCUGAAAUGCCCGUCGUUAUAGCACACAAAUUACGGCGCUCUUUAUGGACUUACUGCUACCCUGGAUGUGUGGUGUUCCACUGGGAUGCCGAGCAGCAAACUAUUAUUAACAGACUGGACUGCUCCAAACUUGCACCCUGUUCCGAGUCUCUGCAAAGCAUCAGCAUAGAAGAACGUCUGUCUCCGGCCAACUGUAAGGUCUCCGCUCUUGCUGUGUGUGGUCGAGAGUUGUACGUGGGCACGAGUUGGGGGUGUGUCAUUGUCGCCGAAGCUGUCUCUAUGCGGCCUAUAACCGUUUUCCGUCCUUUUGAAAGUGAAGUUCGCGCCAUCUUGCCAUUAUCCCCUAAUCCCAACAAUGAAUAUGAGAGCCCCAGCGACAACAGCGGUGAAAUCGUGAAGCAAAAACUUCGCCGUUGUGGCGGCCACCGCACCGGCUCACCGUCGGCUGACAGCGCCAGCAGAAGUGACAACGGCGUGCUUAAGAGGGACUUCUCUUUAUGGGGCAGUGGCACUUGCAAGACGGAUUCCCAUCCCGUCUUAUCGCCAUCCUCUCAGAAGUCUUUCAAUUCAAGCACUAAAUCUUCGUCCAGUAUGAGCCUUAGUUCGAGUAGCGUGACGAGUAGCAAUGAAAGUAACCACUUGUCGGCAGCGCCUCAUGACGAAGUGUGCAGUGACGGCGACGAUGAAGGUGAUGAGACCGCGAAUGGUAGUAGCGGACCAUGUCCCAUGGUCGUUACCGUGGGCAAAGGUUACCGGGAUCUUCUGGCCCGUUAUGUCCCCUUGCCUCGCAGCACGCAACAAGAGGCACAUUCUAAAGCUCUUUACUGCCUUCUGUGGCGAGCUGACACUUGGACACAUUAGUGAUUCCUAGGAAGCGUUUUUUUCUGAAAUAAGAAUACUAACAUUUUAACGUACUGCCUGUCCAUUGAAAAAUUGUUCCCACAUUCCCCGGCACACUGGUAUUCUAUAUUGACCGAACGAGAACCCAAUACUAAACUUGUCACUUUCCUAGCUAAGAGACGAACAUUUGCUAAUCUUUCUUGUAUAUAAGCAUACAUAUCUGAGAGUAGCUGUACCGUUUAUGGUUUCAGGCAACGAAAUUAUACAUCGUUCGUGAACGAGCGCUCGCUUACUAGUGCAGCUACUGUUAAAUUGUCACAAGAUUACUUCUAAGUCCCUUUUAUAUAUUUUUGUACUCAGUAGGCCAGAGUAUUUGUGAUGUAGAUUUGUAUGGCAUGAGAUUUUAACUUAGAAGUUAGUGCGCUUAAGAGUCUCAGAACUGCGAUGUUGAUAAUUAUGUCUGUAACUAGAAGAGCAAGUCUGUGGAGACUUCAGGCGAGCACAGCAUUUAAUUUUUACAGGCGAACAUAACAUUUAAUUUUUAGUUUUACCAAAGUUUCCAGCUGAGGCGUGACUGUACAGUGUACAUCGACUCUCACUUCGCCAAUCCACAUUAUUGUGGAAAAUGUGCAGUCUGCUCUUAAACAGACAAUUCACCGUAAUCACAAACUAAACGUUGACUUAACACUUACGAGUGUCGCGUAUAAGAUAUACGUGAUUACGCCUUGGCAAGGAGUGGUGUUGCUCCAGCUACAGCUCGGCCUUAUGCCUGGUCUUGAUAUUAUCAACUGAUGUUCAACAGUCGUAUCAUCAUCCCCACUUAUUUAAUCUCAAAGAAUUAUCUGUCAUUAAUAUUUUAGCGUACUAUGUUGUCCUUUGUUUUAUUAAUGUUAUGUUUCUGUUUCUGCUGUAAGGGUCCCAAGCUAGUUUUAAACAAAUUACUACGCUUUUUAAUUUUGUUCCUACGAUUUAAAGUAGCUUCUUGUAGGAACAAAAGGCUUCUUGAAUAAACUGGAAAUAUUUGUUUAGUAUCGAAAAUUUAGAAAGUUUGGUUUUCUCAGUUACAAGUUUUUGCAAAUUUUCACUAGGCCGAGGCUAUAUCUUGGUCUCAGGGACGAAGUGUUCAUAUAUUUCAAUCGAAGGUAAUGACUUAAUCAAGAUAUUCAUCAGUAACAUGCUAUUUACAUUUACGUUCUUUGUUCGUUUUGUUAUUAAUACUCAUGUUAAGGAAGAGCUGUGAGUCUCGGUCCCCAACAAAAUUUAGAGUCGCCCCAGUUUCUGGUAUUCCAAAUCAGAAGCUGCCGCGUCUGUAAAUUUUUACUGGGGUGCGGCCGUCCAGUGUAACUAUGAAGCUCUCAUUAAUGUUCAUUUAACUACCUGAUGAGGAUAUUCUAUGAAAUUACUUACUCUGUUCAAAAUUAUCAUUAGAAUUUUUUACUAAUAAUUUAGUGUCGGUAUGCGAGUUGUAAUGGGUUAAAUGGAUCUUGCCCGUACACAAUUUUCGUGGGUUCUGUAUCCUGCAUUGUUAUUAUGUUUGCUUUAAUUUGCACUUGGGUUUUAUCUCAGCACAAGUUUCAAUAACCAGCAUUUUAAUCAAUAACUAAUGUCAUCGGUGCUAUCGGUUCACCGUUGUUCUUAUGGCUUUGAGAUUAGGCUUGCACAUCUACUAAUAUAUUAAUCGGUGUGCAAGGUUAACGUCCACUGAGCUUUAAUUCACUACAUAUCUCCUUGUUAAUCCUGCAUCUUGGACAUUCGAUUAUGCGAGAUUAAUCGACUAUACGAGUCUAGCAUACCAUUGUUUUAGAGAGCUGCCGUGAGAAUUCGACAUAGUGCGCUGAAACUGACAAGUAAGAAUCACCGUUGAUGCAACUUUAAAUGUAUUUUUUUUUUCUGAUGAAAAUUAUGAAAUCAAUGCAUCAUAGUUUCACUUAAGCAGAGUUCUCAGAAAUUUCACCCGUAGUUGGCAUUCGAAUUAAGUUGAUCCUGAAUAAUAUGUUUCAUCUAAACUGGUCGCGAUUCACUAAGCAGCUUUUUGUUUUGCAGGCAGGGAGGUAACAUUUCUGAUGACGAUGAGGUGGUCAUUGGUCGAACUUUGUUUACUUAUCACCUUGUGCAGCAAUUGAUUCCAAAUAAUUAAUUUGUUCAUCUAGUCAUCUAUUCAGAGGAGUCAAAUAACCUAUUACUUAAAUCAUGCAUCGUUUGUUGAAAGUUUAACAUGCAAAUCU